CUCAAUUUCUUGUCCUCAGGUUUAGCAUGAGGCCGAUUCUGGUGGCGACUCUCUUUCUGUCGGCGAUGGCCAGCCAGCCCGUGUCCCUGAUCAUUCGGCCCGCUGUCCUCGUUAGCGUGGCAGCAUCUCAGGUUGCGGGUCAACAGGCUGGCUUCUCUUUUAGCCAGCCAUUGUCCCGGCAACAUUUCAUUAGUCAAAGAGACCACUUAAUACGACGAAACAACGGCCAAGUUGGUUCCCUUCUCCUGCGACAAUCAGCGCCUCAGCAGCUUUCACGGGUCCAGGCCCCUCAGUCUCAAGCAGUAUCUCAACAGCAGUUCAGCAAUCAGCCAGUUCAGCCAGCACCUCAAAGGUUCAACAACCAAAUAGUUAGUUCCCCACAAGCACAGUCGUCUCAGCAAUUCAGUAACCAGCAGGCAAGUUUCCCUCAGACACAGUCAUCAGUGCUUUUCAGUGGUCAACAACCAAGAUUGCCACAACCUCAGCCAUCACGACAACCCAGUAACCCACAAACAAUGCCAUCACAACAAGUCAGCAAUCAACAAGCAGGUUCUCUGCAAAAGCAACCAGGUCAACAAGUCAGCAGUCAGUCAGGACAACCAGCACCUCAAAAAAUCAACCAACUGGCUGGUUCCCCACAAACACAGCCAUCUCAGCAACUCAACAAUCAACAACCAAGCUUAUCACAAGCACAGCCAUCGCGGCAACAACAUGACAACCAACGGGCAGGUAGUCCACAGAGACAGCUAGUUCCUCAACAGCAUUUCAGUAAUCAGCAGGCUGGUAUACAACAUUCACAGUCUGCACACCAGUUCCCGCCUGGACCUGCAAGACGCCAUCCGUUGUGCGGGGUGGUUCCCGACCCAGGGGAAUGUCGAGCAGCCUUCCCGAGGUACUACUUUAACGUGAAAACGAACCAGUGCGACUGCUUCCUCUACGGUGGCUGUGGAGACGAGGGCCUCGAAUCAAGCUACAUGACGCUUCAGGAAUGCCAGACAACAUGCUUUCCAGCCAACACGUCUGAAGGACCCAACUGCAAGGAGGUGUUCCAAGACGACGAAAUCAUUUUCGAGCCAGUUGCUUCUUUGCCGUUCUUGCCCGCCCCGUCCAUCACGUCUGGGACGCAGGCUCAGGGGAAUCAGACAGCGCUGCCUCUAAUACCCGACAGUGUAAAUGGUGCAUCACAAAACAAUAACGUAACACAACAGGCAGCAGCAGAAUUCAUCGGUGGAGCAUCGAACCAACACACUCCUGGAAGGAUACCAACAAAACGUCAUCCACUUUGUGGGAAAAUGCCCGACCCAGGAACAUGCAGAGGGGCCUUCCCAAGGUACUAUUACAACGAAACCAUGGACCAGUGUGAUUGUUUCCUCUAUGGCGGAUGCGGAGACGAAGGUUUAGAGUCGAGUUACGCAUCCUUAGCGGAAUGUCAGCGGGCGUGUGUUCCAGUGGAAACGCUUGAAGGCCCCGCCUGUAAGGAGAUCUUCCAAGACGACCAGGAAGUUUUCGACCCUCUUGCUUCGGGAUCUCGGCACAAUUCUAGUUCCGUUGCCGACACGAGCAACAUUAGCGAUAAGGAUUUGAUAGAAUUGUUCAGUCGCUAGGACUGAUAAAGCGACUUACGAACAGAUUUUAGAUUUGUCGAAGUUCAUGCCUCAGGAUUCAUGUAAUUCAAUUCCUAAUGGUGUUUCGAGGCUUCGACCUUGGGCACGAACACUUCCCCUAACUGUACCUGCACAAUGCACACCAAUGAAGUGAGAAGGAGCUUUAGUGCAUGUUCUAAAGAAGUAUUAGACGCUUCAUUGCAAAUACUUAAUUGUUGCACGGGUAUUCCUAUUACCAUGAUAAGUUGAUGGUCCUUUAUUUAUAAAUGUUAUAUUAUUGCACCGGUAUGGCAUUCCUAUAUUUAUAAUUAAUCGAGGUUACUAUUCUGUUUACUGUGAUGGCCAAUUUGAUAAACACUAUGGUCAUAAAAUUUACAAUGGAUUUUCUCACAGUGUUCAUGUCA